AAAUUGCACAAAAGGAAUGCACUUCCCUCCCACUUUACUGACACGCAGACAUUGUUUUUUUACCGAAAAUUAGCAUACUUUACUUUAACUCUGUAAAUUGUGUUUAAGUAUGGCGAAUGAUGGAAAUUAUAUCGUUUAUCACGGUCUUUUGUGCCCGAAAGAAACUCACUCUUUUGAAAGUUUUAAAUACGCGGAGGAAAUUAAAGUUGAAGAUGAAGAUAUUUUCUCAGUGACUUACCCCAAGUCUGGCACCACAUGGAUGCAAGAGAUUGUACCUUUAGUCCUAAAUGGAGGAGACCUUACUCCAGUGCAAACUAUUCCCAACUGGGACCGGGUUCCCUGGCUGGAGGAGACACGAGCAGCCCUAGUUCUGGACCGUCUGCCCUCACCACGGGCAAUGGUCUCUCAUAUGCCCUACCAUCUCAUGCCCCCCUCCUUCUUCACCUCCAAAGCCAAGAUCAUCUAUGUUACCCGGAACCCAAAAGAUGUUAUGGUGUCAUCAUUUCACUUCCACAAGAUGGCCAGUUUCCUGGAUGACCCUGGGACUUUUGAUGAGUUUCUAAAUAAGUUUCUCUCUGGGCAAGUGUUGUUUGGGAAGUGGACAGACCAUGUGAAAAGCUGGCGAAAUUCAGAUCUGGGAGACAGAAUCCUAUACAUUACCUAUGAAGAAAUGGUCAAGGACCUGCGGGGAGUGCUGGAACGCCUCUCACGGUUCCUUGGUCGGGACCUAAGUGAAGAAACUCUGGAUCGUGUAGCCAACCACUGCUGUUUCAGCAACAUGAAGUUAAAUGCAAUGUCAAACUACUCCCUGGUGCCACAGGAGAUCAUGGAUAGCAGCAAGUCCACCUUCCUUCGAAAAGGAGUUGCUGGAGACUGGAAAAAUCAUUUCAGUCCUGAGCAGGAUUUCAAAUUCACAGCUGUCCUAAAAGAGGAAAUGAACGGAACAAACAUAAAAUUCCCAUGGGAUGAGGAGUGAACAGGUGUGAAUGUACCGCCAACGUUUUCUUGACAUUGCAGGCAGUUAGACAGUGGAGAAUUUAAAACAAAUGGACUUUCGAAACGCAUCUCUGCAUCCACAGCAUAAGUGUAAUGUCACUUAUGCAUUUAUUCCUCAUUAUUAUUUUUCAAUGAUUUCUUUUUCUCGCUCUGCAUUGUUGAGAAGUAAGCAUUUCGGUAUUAGUCUACACCUGUUGUUUAUGAAGCACGUGACAAAUAACAUUAGAUUUGAAAUGGUCCAAAAGUCCUGCCACAGGAAUUAGUUGUGGUUAACUGGAUAUUUUGUAACUUUAUUAGUAUUUUGAUUGAACUCAGUGCUUGUUGGUUAAGUCAAAGACCGGCUUUCAAAUCAGUUUAUUGGUCACGUAUACAGUUCUGCAGAUAUUAUCGCAGGUGCAGCGAAAUGCUUAUGUUUCUAGCUCCAAUGGUGCAGUAAUAUCUAGCAAUACAAUAAUAAUACAAGAACUUUCUGAACUAUUCUUGUGUAGUACUUAUUUCACAUUUCUUUUAAUUUUUAUAUAAACAACUGGUAGUUGAAUAUAUUUAAAUUAGCCAUAAUCUGGUAAUAACAGACUUAUCAUAAAUAGUAAAAUACUGUAAGUUAUAUUACACAUUGUAUACAUCUGACCGUCACAUGG